AUGGUCAGAAAACUCAAGCAUCAUGAGCAGAAGCUUCUCCGGAAAGUCGACUUCACCACAUACAAGAGCGACAACAACCAUCGCGAUGCGGCAGUGAUUCGACGAUACAACAUCCAGAAGCCAGCAGACUAUGCCAAAUACAAUCGUAUAUGCGGUAGCCUCAAACAGCUUGCACACCGUCUCGCCGCCCUCCCGCCCGAUUCUUCGUUCCGGCGCAAACAUGAAGAACUCCUCCUUGCCAAACUGCACGAUAUGGGCAUUCUACCCUCGAACGCCGCAAAUGCAAAGCUAUCCGAAGUAGAGAAGAACGUCACAGUCUCAGCGUUCUGCAGAAGGAGGUUGCCUGUUGUCCUGACCAGAUUACGGAUGGCAGAGACUGUUCAAGCCGCUACAAAGAUCAUCGAGCAAGGUCAUGUCAGAGUUGGUACGGAAACCAUCACCGAUACGGCGUUCCUGGUUACAAGAAACAUGGAGGAUUUCGUGACGUGGGUGGAUGGCAGCAAGAUCAAGAGGAACAUCUUGAAGUACAGGGAGAAGCUGGAUGAUUUCGACCUACUGUGA